AUGGCUUGGCUAAGCAUACUGGGGUUAGAUAUGUUGUGGUUGUCAGUGAUUUGUGAUCCAAGAGUUGUUCCUGCAGUAACCAGUGUCAAUACCAAUAUAGCUAAUUCUUCUCCUAUCCUCAACAACAAUAAUAAUAACAAUACCACCGAAAGUAAUAAUGGUGCCGUCACAACAACUACUACGAACAUUAGUACUAGAGGUGGUGGUGGUAUAACGAAAGGAAGAAGAAAAUCAACAAUGAUUUCUCCAAAAAUUUCUAAAAUUGAUAUUUCUCCGAAAAUUUCUAAAAUUGAUAUUUCUCCAAAAAUUUCUAAAAUUGAUAUUUCUUCUUCAUUAUCUAAACAACAACAACAAUCACCUUUAUUAUUAUCACAACCAAUUAACGAAUCAUCAUUAAAGAAAACGACAUCAACCAUAACUCCAACUGAAUUAAUAAUAAAUCAAUAUCAGAAUAAUCUUCAAGAUCAACAAUAUAGUAACGGCAGUGAUUUAUUAAUGACUCCAAUAACUACUCCAAUAACUCCUGUUUCUCUUCCAAAUAACAACGGUCCAACAUCAACGUCAACAACACCUUUACUAGCCAAUGAUUCCAUUGUCAAUAACAAAAGUAUUGUUAGUAACAAUCAUAAUAGUUCAACUUUUACCAGUAAUAGAAACAGCGAAAGUUUAUUAUUAUCAAUAUCAGAUGAAGUAUUUUAUAAUAUAUGUAAAAGGUUACCGCCAAACGAUCUGUUCGUGCUUGCUUCAGUUUGUAAAAAAUUUAAACGACUAUUGUCAUUUGGUGAUUCAAAUAAUAAAGUCGUCCAAGAGACUUGGAUGAUUUCACGACAAAGGUUUCUAAAAUAUCUUCAAAUGCCACCACCUGUUGGAAUGAAUGAAGCCAGUUAUAUAAUUUUAAGACAAUUGGAUAAAGGUUGUCAAUUUUGCCAUGAACGUGGAUUUGUUAGAAUUUAUUGGGAGUUUCGCGUUAGGUGUUGUAGUUUUUGUUUAGAUAAGAAAACAUUGAGGCAUGAUCAGCUUUAUAUCAAUUAUCUAAUUCCAAAUGAAGUGUUGGACGUUUUACCAUUUAUAAAUUACGGAGCAUCACAAAUUUAUUGGACUGACGAGGUAUUCUCAACAUACGAAAGGUAUAAAACUAUUGUUUGUAUUGACGAGCUACAAAAAUGGUUGGAAGCAAGAUUACAGCGAACUUUGGAUAUAAUGGAAACUGUUCCUUAUUAUGAACACGAAGAACUUUGUGAACAAAUGGCUAGAAUCGAACAACAAUAUCAUUACGCUAUGCUUAACAAUAAUAGUCAUAAAUUAUCAUUGGAGUGUGGUAAUGGUGGCGGUGGUUUAAUAAACGAUCAGUCUAUGCAUCAUCUUAAUUAUCCAAAUUACAUGAAUAUGGUUACAGAUCUUUCAUCUGAUAAUAAUUCCUCAAUUCCUACGCCAACAAUAACACCUGUUUCAACUCCACUCACAACUCCAUCACCCAAUCCUAUGAUGAUGCAUUUUACCGCCAAUAAUAUUACCAACUUCACUAUUAAUCCACACCAAAUUCAUCAUACUAAUCCAACGCAAACACCUAAUCCAAAUCCUGCUGCUACUGCACCACAAAACUCAGUAAUAGUUCCAUCACAAUUAGAAUCACAUUGUUAUAACCAACGUCAAUCACAAAAUAAUGUAUCUGCAACUACUACUCCUAAUGCUAUCCUUGAAUCAAAAAAACAAUUAAUAUUUAAUCAAUAUUAUUCGUCAGCACCUUAUCCAUAUUAUAACAAUAAUCAUCAACACAGGAACAAUCAAUUUAUAACAAAUCCUUCUCCGUCACUACAUCGUCAACAUCAUUUGCAUUUACAACACCAAUUGCAUUUACAAAAUCAAAACCAACAUCAAUAUAACAAUAAACAAACGGAAGAAGAGAGAUCGUCAUCUUCUUCAUUAUUAGCAGCAACAAGAGUAGUAAAUAAUGACCAACAACAACAAAGAUACUUUUUACCGUCAUCUUCCACAACAACAAACUCGACUUUACCAUAUAAUAUUGUAGAUCAACAAUUGGCUAUGAAUAAUAGUAGUCAAUAUAGUAGUGCGUGUAACAUAGCAGUGUAG